GAGUCAGCUUUCACUGAUUGGAUAGAUGCAGCUGACACGGUUGGAGGGACAGCUGGUAUCUGUACUAGCAGUGUGAUUAUUCGGCAGGCAAACGUACAGACGAUACAGACAGCUCAUUGCGUAGUGGCUGUGGAAGGAGAAGCAAGUGGUGCAACAUGAUAGACCGUCAUGAGACUGGGCGAAACAAAAUAGAGGAUUGUGAGGAGCGUCUGAAUAUUGAAUUUAACAACUUGUGCUAUUAUCCGUCAGGCAAGAAAGUAAGAACUUUAACCCAGAAGCCAAUACUGAAAAACAUCUGCGGGAGGUUUCUUUCUGGACGCCUCACGGCGUUAGUCGGACCAUCAGGAGCUGGGAAGACGUCGCUAAUAAAUGUCCUGUCAGGGUUCAUAACAACCGGAGUAACCGGAUCUGUAAAGAUUAAUGGAAGAGACCGUAAUGUUCAGAAAUUCAGGAAAAAGUUAUGUUACAUCACUCAAGAGUUUGCCAUACUUCACUUAUUGACGACGAGAGAGACAUUAAUGAUUGCAGCUGAUUUGAAAUUAAAUGCUGAUAUUGGGAAACUAAAGAAGAACGAAAUGGUUAAUGAGAUACUGGCUCUUCUUGGCUUGGAGAAGGUGAUGAAUACACCCGUUGGAAAAUUAUCUGGAGGGGAGAAGAAGAGACUAUCAAUUGGCCUUGAGUUAUUAACAAAUCCACCAGUCAUGUUUUUUGAUGAGCCUACAAGUGGGCUGGACAGUUUCUCAUCCCUACAAGUGAUCUCACACCUGAAAUCCCUGGCUGAAGGUGGCAGGACAGUGGUUUGUUCUAUCCAUCAGCCAAGUUCACGACUCUUUCAGAUGUUUGAUGACAUGUAUCUUAUAGCAGAAGGGCAGUGUCUUUACAACGGACCAAUCAGUGACCUGACAUCUGUCUUUAAGGAAGCAGGAUUUCUGUGCCCCAAUUUCUACAACAGAGCAGAUUUUGCAAUUGAAGUUGCAAGUGGCCAGAGAGGUAACAACACAGACAAACUGAUUGCAAAAUUCAACUCUGAAGAAAGUGGCCCACUGGAGUAUGAGCAGAAUGGAGACAAUGAAGAGACUACAAUACUACAAUCAGCAUCAAACAAAAAUGGCACAGUUAUACAAGUCUGUACAGAGAAUGAAGUUUCUAUAAAAACAAGUUAUCCUCAGCCAAUGUGGAAGCAGUUUCAAAUUUUAUUGAGGAGAUCAGUAUUGUGUACCCUAAGAGAUAAGUUGACAGUUCAACUUAGAGUGAUCACCCAUUUUGUUGUUGGACUGUUACUUGGAGCUGUCUAUUAUGAUGUUGGAAAUGAUGCUUCAAAAGCACUAAGCAAUGCCGGAUGCAUUUUCUUCUUUAUGAUGUUCCUGUUCUUCGCCAAUGCAAUGCCAAGUGUAAUAGCAAUUCCUUUAGAGACAUCAGUAGUUUUACGUGAACAUCUGAACAACUGGUACUCACUGAAAGCAUAUUUCUUCUCCAAAUUGAUUGCAGACAUCCCUCUGCAGAUCUUGUGUCCUACUAUAUUCCUACUUCCGGGAUAUUUUUUGACAAGUCAGCCUUAUGAUGGGACAAGGUUUUUACAGUUCUGGGCCAUAUGUUUCGUGAUGACUAUUAUUUCCCAUAACUUUGGACUUGCAGCAGGUGCUGUUAUUAACCCUUUGGAGAUUAGCAUGUUCAUGGUCCCUGCAUCAAAUAUUCCAUUGGUGUUGUUCUCUGGUUUCUUUUUGAAGCUGCAAGAUGUGGCCAACUGGUUAAGAUGGUUGACUUAUGUAAGUUACUAUCGAUAUUCUUAUGAAGGAGCAAUGCUGUGUCUGUAUGGUUACAACAGAUCCGCUUUGAAAUGUUCAGAACCUUAUUGCUACUUCAAAUCACCACUCAAAUUUUUACAGGAGACUGAUAUGGUAGGUGGAAUUUAUGAAUUUGAUUUAUUGGCACUGAUGAUAUGGGCAGUAAUACUACAAUUAUCAGUGCUCCUUGCCUUAAAAUACAGAAUUAAUAGUUUACAGUAGUGUUUAUAAUAAUUUGAUGUCCUCAAGAUGCCUAAUUUCUUGUCACAAUCUGAGAUACUAAGAGUAACACAAAAUAGAGGUCACAAUGCUGAAGCUUCAUGCUGUUGAUCCUCAGUACAAAGAUUCUGAAAGGUUAAUGAAAUGCAGUAAUUUCAUGGAAAUAAAACAUGACAAAUGAAGUGUUGAUGAACUCACUGUUAUGCAGUAAGGACUUCACUUAUCAAACCACAUCAUGCUGGUUAGCAUGGCAGUAGUGCAUGAAACUUUCAUUUUGGAGGUACCCAGUUGGGCUGAAAGAUGGCUGUGUUGAGAUUAUAUACAUAAAUAUAGUAUUUCCAGUGUAUCCAGAGAAAUUAUCUUAAAGCAGUCCCUGGCCCUUCCUGCCUUACCAUUAAUUGUUAAUAAAUGUCUGAUAAUAUAUGAAGCAUUGUUACAGGGACUCAGUAGGUAAUACAUUGUCCUAGAGCAACAAAUGAUCAAAAGCACAUGUUACAAAUUGUGUGGAGGCAAUUGUAAUAUCAAUAAUAAAUGUUAAUCUUAAUAUGUUCAAAA